AUGGCCAGAAAAAGGAACACGAGGACGUGGGUUGCAUUGGCUUUAGCAACAUCGGUUGCCGCUGUUGCAUACAAAAUAUACCAAGAAUGGUUACCCAACGAAGACGAGCAACGUGAAAGCUCAAACGUGAAGAAAAUCAAAAGCAAAUAUGCUAACAAGUCUGUCACUUUAACACUUCUGCAUUCGGUCUUGAACUCUGAUUCAAGUCUUGAAGAGAUUCUCUUGAAUUCAAACAAUGUCACAUUCAUUCUUCCUCCUUACCUUUCAGUCGACGAUUUACAAUGCAACAUUAGUGGAAAGAGAAGCAUGGUUGUUCCAGAAAUCCUUCAGGAUAAUUACAAAUUACUCAAAUGCUCGAACAUGCAAGGAUACUUCCAGCUCCUUAAAAAUUUGAGACCAGAUAUUUUGAUCGUGUGCACUGACGAUUUGGGUAUCACGGAGCAGAUACCAAAAGACUUGGGUCGUUUCGUGGGGAAAGUUGUUACGAUUGACCAGGAAAAGGAUAAAGCACGUACAGUGCUAUCUGAGUAUUUUUAA